AUGACUGAACGAAAAGUCCUUAAUGUUGGUUAUCCUUUUUUUGUAAUAUGCCCAUAGAAAUACUUUCCUCCUGAUUAUGACCCUUCAAAAAUACCAAGACUCAAGAGGGGCAAUAAAGGACGGCAGUUUAAUAUUCGUACAAUGGCACCAUUUAAUAUGCGCUGUACCACCUGCAACGGCUACGUUUAUAAAGCUAAGAAGUUCAACUCACGGAUGGAAGUUGCCGAAGGAGUUGAUUACUUAGGGUUAAGACACUACCGUUUCUACAUACGAUGUCCUACAUGCUGUGCAGAAAUCAUCUGGAGGGUAUUUUGUCUUUUUUAUGAAUAAUAGUCGUAGACUGACUUGGAAUCAAAUGAUUACGUUAUAGAGAGCGGAGCUAAACGAAACUUCGAAGCCUUGAAAACGGCCGAAGAAUUGGAAGCUAAACGGGCUGCUCUUGAAGAAGAGGAGCUUGCUAACAAUCCCAUGAAACUGUUAGAAAAACGAACAAACCAAAGCAAAAACGAAAUGGAAACUGCAGAAGCUCUGGACGACUUAAGAGAACUAAACAAGCGACAAGCUACAGUAGAGACUGACGCCAUGCUCCUGAGGAAUCUCUGGAGAGAAAUAGAGGCCGAAAAGGAGGCAGAAGAAAAGGCCGACGAAGAGCUUAUUAAGUUAGUCCCUGUCUUUCCUGUGACUUUCUAUUUUAAGGGAACUCCUGGCUUCGAAGAACGUUCCACCCACUCAUCCCGACAAUGUAACGUCGGCAGCAGACUCUUCGUCCAUUUCGAAUCAACAGGAUCCACCCACAACGUCGUCAAGCACACAUAACCGGAAGGUUGUCAAUGCUCCUGUAAGUGCUACGCUCUUAAACUUUUGAAUAACCCCUUUUUCACCAACAACGGUUACCUUCCGAACUCUGAUAAGUCGAUUUUAGUUCUCGCUCUGCCUUGGUUUAGCCACAUCGUCAUCAUCAAGACCAGAUUUAGGCUAAGUGACACUGUGGACGAUUCAGGAUUCAGACUGACGCAAAUAAUGGUCCAGUCAUCCAGCGAGGACUUUAGUGAGAUAACUGUCGACAACCUGUGUUUUCUACUGACUAUAUUAUCUCUCGAGCUACACUCGGAAAAUAAAAAUGUAAGCACCAUCUGUCGGCUUCUUUCAGACGAUGGAUGUGUUCUAAUCGCGCACCCGUAAAUUAGAACUGUUUCUACACGGGUCUCCAUUAAUCGUGAUCUGUUGUCACUAGUCCCACGGAAAUUCCAGCAAUUUCUACUUAAUCAGGCGAAGGCGGCCUUCGUCUGGUUUGUCCGACUACCAAUAUCAUACUCGCUUUAUUCGCAUGUCUGAGGUCUUGACCGAAGACUGCAGAUGUUGUCCGCUGAAACAGGAAUUGGCCAUCUAUCGGGACUACAGAUAUCGUCGACUGUGAAAAUCAUGGCGAAAAAUUCUAAUUUCAAGGCCUGGUCUUCACAUGCAUCUAGUCAGAGCCCACUGUAAAGGGACCUAACACUGCAAUGCCCUUAGUGUAGUUAGUAUCCGUAAUACGAGAGCCACGAUCAGGACGAUCUAUCAGCGCUCGCUAAAAACUUAAGUCUAUCACUUGUUUAAACAUAGUCGUCGGACGCCGAAGUUGGCAUAAGGAGACUCAAACUCUUCGCCAUUCGCACAUAUUUUGGUUACUCAACGAAACGAAAUUGCUAAACCUCCGCCCAGCUGCCUCCUACUGUAUGGUAGCCAAUGGCUCUUCGUAGGUGCAUCGCGAAUCCCAUCCUUUGAUUUCAACCAGAAGCGAGGACACGCCCGUUUCGCUGCACGCAUUUUCAUGGACCAACAUCGAAGUAUGCAAAUUAUGCAUGCUCACAACCUUACUUUCGGUCCAAAUUAGGGCCGAUUUCAAACUUUUCUUCAGACUACUUCCAACAAGUCUCUGAAUACGACUAUGUUGGCGUAUCGCUAAUCAUCACUAAACUGGCUUUAUGUUGUUUUUGAUUUCCAUUGCCUUGUCUUGUAGUGUUUUACGUUAGUCGGAAAAAGGGCGCCAUCUUCAUCUCCUUAAUCCAGGAGAUUCGCAUUGUAACAGCUUCGCAGUAUUUCUAUGUUCGAUAGUUCGUCACGAGUGACGUUGCCAGGGGGGGGGAGUGCCGGCAGCGACACACGCGUGGAGUACGUUUAUCAAGUCUCCGAUAUAAAGAAAGAGAUGAGCAUUGUCACAGUGACUAGCCUGAUAUAUCGUCAAUUAUGGCACACGUGAUGGGCACCUCCUGAGUGUUUCAUUACGGUCUGAUUCUCCGUCCCAAAGAAGACCUGGUUAUUUCUCCGGUUAGUAGUCUUCUGAGCCAUGGAAAUUAGGGCUUCCUUGUAGUUUACAUGUCGACCCGAAAUGAAAUCGGGCGUAGUUGCUGACCUGGCGUUGACCCUGGCCGCGCGCAAGACAUGGGUGAUUCUGACGCACCAACGUCGCCGUCUUCUGGAGGUCCAGAGAAUCGUGGGACAAAAGUGAGAGUUAAUUGCACGCGAGAGGCUACUAAGUGGCUUCUUUUUGUGACAUGUGCGUCGACCUAGUCUCACAGCUAUCUCGGUUAGAGCUAAACCAGCACUCUUUCGGUUUUGAAGGUCAGAAAAGUGAUAUUAUCAUCCAUCUUAUCAUGUCCUGGCGGAUUGAUGAGAAGGGAAAGGCGAGUUUCGUGGAUAACUUAUUUAUUCAACCAGACUUAGUAAUGAGUUGUUGAACGCUCUGAAACAUGCCUUAAUUCAAAUCAUAAUCGUUCUGGUGAACCCCGAAUCAUGACUGAACGGUUGCACGUUGGGUGUCUUCUACGUUCCAACUCCUCGUGGGGACCACCCGAGUGUUCCGCUGACCAACGAUUGCGCUACACGCGCGAGAAAAGGCAUUAAGCCUGCUGACUUCCACAGCACAGGCAGAUAACACGCGUGCAAUCCGCAAUCGGCCGGACCUGCUUUUUCCAUUCGUAUUAGGUCGUGACUCUAUCCUGUUUCCGUCCUCCGUAGCAAAUGCCAACCCUACACCGCACGUGCUUUCAGAGGUCCGCUGCCCUGGUGGUCCGUCAGCAGAACCCACGCCGCAUUUUCUUCUACACCUCAAGCUAUGUCAUACCGCUUGUAGCCCGUUUCUCUGCUUCCGCUUAUCCUUUUCACGCUGCGUUUUCGUUAAACACGACCAUUUAUGUCAGUUGAAUGAGUCGACUUCCAUCAGUGGCUCCAUCUGGCCGGUUUAUGCGUCACGGUACCAUCCGAUGGGAUUCGUUUAGUUUCCUCUUCCAUCUACCCUUGUUGGUUGCACAACUCCACAAGUCAAUUUUAGUUGCUUUGGACUGUCUGUAGGACGCAACACUGUCACUUGCGCUUUGUCUUGGAACUGUGGGUCUACAUGUUGACCAUUUCCGAUCAUCGAGAAGUCCUGAUUCUGGUGCAUCACGAGAUCCAAACUGCAAGUCAGUUGAUCAUCGAACGGGGAUCUCGCGGGCCGCAUUUCCUGCUCAUGCCACAUUGGCUAAGAUCGUGAAUAUUCCCUCCUGUUGUGGCGGCGCGACUUCAGUUGCGUACUGAGCAAAACAUCUACCCUCUAAUGUCUGGCUUUGCCCAUAACAUCUUUCCCUCUCCUUCAUUGCUGCAGCGCCCGUCGACGAAUUCGUACGCCAACCAGAUAAGGAGUGCCAUUGUCAGGAAACGUCCAAGCGCUUCCCAGCCGACCAAAAUUCAGGAGAAAAAGGAAAGGUCGACAGAACCCACAAAUUCCUCCAAAACAACAGAAUCCGCAGAUAAGAGGUCACCUGACGCCCAGGCUACCACAUCAGCCUCCAAUAUUUUAGGCCUUGCCUAUUCAGACAACAGUGACAGUGAUUAG